UGUAACUUCCUGUGACUGAUCCGCUUCAGAAGCGGCGGGACACGGAAUCAAAAUAAACCUCACACGUUCCUCCUGCCCUCUCGAGUCUGUCUUCAUCAUGGAUCUUCCUUGUGUCCAGUGGCAGGACCACGUGGCACAGAAGUGGACGAGGCUCGAUCCCGAGUUACAGGAGCGUUUCACAUCCCUGGUUGAAGUAGAUGAUGUUUUUAAAUGUGCCUCAACUCUGACAACACAAGAUGAUCUGGACUUUCUGGAGUCGAUCUGUGAUGGAGGCUCAGCGCAGAAGGACACAGAGCGAGCAGCAAAGUGCAGGGAGAAGGGAAACCUCAGCUUCAAGAGCAGAGACUACACUGCAGCCGCUCUGCACUACUCUCAGGGCGUUUGUUCUGCUCCCCUGAGGUCAGAGCAGCUGCCUCUGUGCUACGCCAACCGCUCCGCUGCCCUCUACCACCUGCAGCUCCACCAGGAAUGCCUGAAAGACAUUGACAGAGCCGUGAAGAAUGGCUACCCCUCUCAUCUUCUGCACAAACUUGAAGAGCGUCGCACACAGUGUCUCACACACGUCUCUGGAGGUCAAAAGGAAAAGGACGAUCAUCACGGUUCUGCCUCAAAGAAUCACAAAGGUCCGGACAGAGCUGAAGCACCAUCUGUUCUCACGAGUGAGAUCUGUCCUCAAGCUGCUGUGGGGUUCAGCCCGGAGAAAGGCCGACACCUGGUGGCUGAGCAGGGAAUAGCAGCUGGGGAGGUGAUCCUGACUGACAGGCCUUACAGCUGCGUCCUCAUACCAGGGAUGGAGGAGGUGCAGGGGGGGAGAGGAGGGCUGGAGACAGAGAGAGGAGGGUUUGGAACCGAGCACCGGCGCUGUCACAGGUGUUUGAGUGAAACCAUGUGUCCUCUGCCCUGUGACGGGUGUAGUUACAGCCGAUACUGUUCCACCGGCUGCCAGCGGGAUGCCUGGGAGGAACAUCACCACUGGGAAUGUCCACUGGGAGCAGAUCUGAUGGUGAUGGGUGUGAUGUCACAGCUCGCACUGAGGACAACGCUGAAGGCGGGGUUAAAAAACAUCCAAACGGCCAGGGAGCCAAUCAGAGGCAAGCACACAAAGUCGGAGCCAGACAGUCGAAGCAGUGAGUCGAGUGACACAAAUCAACCGGAUCCUGCUGCUUCCCACUACGGUGACUCUUACCCCAGCGUGUUUCACCUGCUUCACCACCUGAACCGCCACAGCCCCGCUCUGCGCUUCCUCAAUGCUGUUACCAUAGCAACGCUGGUCCGGAGGCUGAGCGAGACAGGACCUCCUCCUGCAUCCUGGACCCUCGGUGGGCCCCCAGCGGCACCAGAGGAGGAUGGAGGCAACGCAGACUGGAGCAAGGAGCUGUGGCUGAUGGGAAGUGCAGUUCUGAGGCACAUGCUGCAACUGAGGUGUAACGCCCAGGCGAUUGUCUCUCUGCAAGAUGCAGGAGCAACUAACUCCCUGGUGCAGUCCCGCAGGGAAAUCCGCAUUGCCACGGCAAUAUUCCCAACUCUUAGUCUCCUGAAUCACUCGUGCUGUCCCAACACCAGCCUGGCGUUCAGCACCGGAGCUGCUGUUGAUCCCUCCGGCUCGGAUCUGUCUGCAGACGUCAGUGAGAGUGUGUCUGAGCCCCGAGUCACUGUGACUGUCAGAGCAGCCAAAGUAAUCGAUGCAGGACAAGAGAUCCUGCACUGCUAUGGUCCUCACAGCAGCAGGAUGGUGACCCGCAAACGCCAGCAUCUCCUGCAGGAACAGUACUACUUCCUGUGUCAGUGUGAGGCCUGCAGCCGAACCCAGGAGGAGGGGGGCACGGAGGGCAGACAGCAGCCGUCGGGUGGUGGAGGUGCUCGGCUCGAGGCGGGACUCCUGUGUUUCAAGUGCAAAGGAUCUCUCAAAAGAAGCGGUGCAGACAGAACAGGAUUCAUGUGCUCCCAGUCGUCCUGUUCUCAUCGUGUGUCGUCCUCUGAAGUGAGCCUCGUGCUGCAGGAGAUCAGAGUCGACCUGGAGAAAGCGGUGGAGCUCAUGGAGAGAGAGAGGCCAGAUGAAGCAGUGAGACUCUUGAAUAGGACUCAGUGUGAGGCUGCACGAGUCCUCGCAGAGACGCACCCUCUGCAGGGAGAGCUGGCUGAUGCUCUGGCCAGAGCUUACGCUACAGUGGGUGACUGGAAUAACGCAGCCUCCCAUCUGGAGCGCAGCGCCGUAGCUAUUGGCUCCCAGUACGGAGAUGACAGUAUUGAACUGGGUCAGCAACUCUUCAAAUUAGCUCAGCUACACUUCAACGGGGGAGCCAGAGGCCCGGCCCUCUCCCUGAUCCCCGAGGUCAGAAGACUCCUCCGCCUGCACUCUGGUCCACGCUGCCCGGAGCUGCAGGAGCUGCAGGACAUGGAGGACUGUCUACGAGGGUAGUCUCCAGCAACUACACCAAGAAAAGGCUUUACACAAAACAUCUAAUUCUUAGUGAAACUGAAUAAAACUGUGUAAUUAUCUAAAAUUGGUAAUGUUACUUUUUUAUUUUUGCUGUGCUCACUAACAAGCUCAGUAAAUACUGUUUACAGUGCAUGCAAAGACAAAGUAUAAAUAAUUGUUGCUAUAUACAGUAUAACACUUUAAAGUAAGUAUACUGCUGUGCAUGCAACAUGUACAAAUCAAACACUAAUACGCUUAUAUUUUAUUAUUUACAUUAAAUGCAAAGAUAAAGAUAGAAAAAGAUGGUUUUAUAUGGCACAUAUUUAAGAGCAAUUUGUUUAGGAAGCGACAUGGUAACCUGCAGAGCUUCCAAUUAAUAUAAGCAUAUGCAAAGUACAUAUAGAAGUAGUUAUAUACUGAAUAUAUAUUUACUACUUUAGAGUAAGUGCACAGGUUUGGAAGUAACAUGUAACUCUGCACAGCUUCCAAUCUGCCACUGGUGUACGUACAGUUCAGUGUGACUCCGACCUCUUGAUGUCAGAAUGUAUCCAUCAAUAAUUUCAAUUUCAUGCUCCAGUGGUGGUCCUGCAGCGUGAGGCAGCUUCUCCGCCAGGUGCUUCCAGGGUAAAUGUAUUUCUCUAAAUAAAACCGAAAGACGUACGUUUUCAUGACUCUGGGCUUUUUGCAGAAACGGUUUAAACUGUAGCAAGUUAAUUAAUCCAUUCAAUCUGCAAAUAAUCCCACCUGCCACACGCACGUACAGAGGCCCUCUGACCUUUAGGUGGCAGUCGUUAUCCACUGACAAAUUCAAUUUCAUGCUCGGGUGGCAGAAAAGCAAGAUGUAACCGUGACUCCUGGACCUUCAGUGCCCUGCCCGUGUCCUCCAGGACCUGUAUACCUUUAUUUUAAAAGUCUUUAUGAGCCACUUCUAUCAAAGCAUUAAUUAGUUACUUGUCUCUGUAACUAGUAGAAGAGGGAACGACUGCUCGUGUGCCACAUAAACAUCUAAAUAAUGAGUCAACCUUAUUGAAAGCUCUGCUGCUGAGGUUCGUCAGUUUUCUGAGAUGAGGGAAAGCUCACGCAGAGCAAAGACAAUAAAAUCUCGCUCACAGCUGGAGCUCCCGAGGCAUCUGCCAGUUACACUUCACCAGUAUCUGGAGGGCGGCCAAUCUGACAGACGGGCCUACGUGCUCACAGAAGGUCAAGACAAAAAAACUCAGAGGCAGCUGGUGGAAUCAGCUGAGGAGCGGCGGCUUUACGGUGAAUCCCA